UCUCUUGGGCUGAGCAGGGACCAGCGGGGCAGAGAGGCCGGCGCGCCUUGGGGUGCUGACGCAGGGAGGCCGCUGGACCUGCUGCUCCUGGGACCUUCCUGCUCCCCAGCUAGAGGAACCCCGAUACUCUGAUGGAUCUGAGGCCCUGCUCGCUGCUCCUGCUCUGGACUCUGGUGGUUGCCCUCGCUCUCCUGGCCCAGGAGGUGCUGGCACAGCGUAUUUACACCAACACCUGGGCCGUGCUCGUUCCUGCGGGGCCCCAGGAGGCUGACAGGCUGGCCAGGAAGCAUGGAUUCCUCAACCUGGGCCCGAUCUUCGGUGACUAUUACCACUUUCGGCACAGCGGUGUGGUAAAGCGUUCCCUCUCGCCCCACCAGCCCUGGCACAGCCGUUUGGCCAGGGAACCGCAGGUGCAGUGGCUGGAGCAGCAGGUGGCAAAGCGCAGGACCAAGCGAGACAUUUUCAUGGAGCCCACGGACCCCAAGUUCCCACAGCAGUGGUACCUGUACAACACAAACCAGCGGGACCUGAAUGUGCGUCAGGCCUGGGAGCAGGGCUACACGGGCAAGGGCAUCGUGGUUUCCAUCCUGGAUGAUGGCAUUGAGAAGAACCACCCUGACCUGGAAGGCAACUAUGAUCCAGGGGCGAGCUUUGAUGUCAAUGACCAGGACCCAGACCCACAGCCCCGCUACACGCAGAUGAACGACAACAGACACGGCACACGCUGCGCUGGGGAAGUUGCUGCCGUGGCAAACAACGGGAUCUGCGGUGUUGGCGUGGCUUACAACGCCAGGAUCGGAGGCGUGCGCAUGCUGGAUGGGGAGGUGACUGAUGCUGUGGAGGCCCAUUCCCUGGGCCUCAAUCCCAACCACAUCCACAUCUACAGUGCCAGCUGGGGCCCUGAGGACGACGGCAAGACUGUGGAUGGCCCGGCCCGGCUGGCAGAGGAGGCUUUCUUCCGAGGGGUCAGCCAGGGCCGAGGGGGGCUGGGCUCCAUCUUCGUCUGGGCGUCUGGUAACGGGGGCCGCGAGCACGACAGCUGCAACUGUGAUGGUUACACCAACAGCAUCUACACGCUGUCCAUCAGCAGCACUACGCAGUACGGUAACGUGCCCUGGUACAGCGAGGCCUGCUCCUCCACCCUCGCCACCACCUACAGCAGCGGCAACCAGAACGAGAAGCAAAUUGUGACGACUGACCUCAGACAGAAAUGCACCGAAUCCCACACAGGGACGUCGGCCUCAGCACCCCUGGCCGCUGGCAUCAUUGCUCUUGCCCUGGAAGCCAACAAGAACCUGACCUGGCGGGACAUGCAGCACCUGGUGGUGCAGACGUCGAAGCCGGCCCACCUUAAUGCCAAUGACUGGGUCACCAACGGUGUUGGCCGCAAAGUCAGCCACUCCUACGGCUAUGGCCUGCUGGAUGCCGGGGCCAUGGUGAGCCUGGCCAAGAACUGGACCACGGUGGGACCUCAGAGGAAGUGCGUCAUCGAUGUCCUCACGGAGCCAAAGGACAUUGGGAAGCGCCUGGAGGUGCGGCGGAAGGUGGACGCCUGCCUGGGAAAAGCCAACUACAUCAGCCGGCUGGAGCACGCGCAGGCCAGGCUGACGCUGUCCUACAACCGGCGGGGGGACUUGGCCAUCCAUCUUGUCAGUCCCAUGGGCACCCGUUCCACCCUCCUGGCUGCCAGGCCCCAUGACUUCUCGGCUGACGGCUUCAAUGACUGGGCCUUCAUGACGACGCACUCGUGGGACGAGGAUCCCUCUGGGGAAUGGGUGCUGGAGAUCGAGAACACCAGUGAUGCCAACAACUACGGCACGCUGACCAAGUUCACGCUUGUGCUGUAUGGGACCGCCACCGACUCCCCCAGCCUCUCGAACCAGCUGGAGAGCAGCGGCUGCAAGACCCUGACCCCCAGCCAGACCUGCGCCAGCCGUGCAUCCCCUGCCCUGGCAGACGGCGAGGGGCUGGCUGCAGCUCCCCCUCCAGCCAACCUGCCCGUCCUCAUCGCCAGUCUCAGCUGUGUCCUCAUCGUCGUCAUAUUUGUCACCAUCUUCCUGGUGCUGCAGGCACGCUCAGGCUUCAGCCUGCGGGGCGUGAAGGUCUAUGCCCUGGACAGCGGGAUCAUCUCCUACAAGGGCCUUCCCUCUGACAUCUGGCAGGAGGAGGGUCCCUCCGAGUCGGACGGUGAGGAUUACGAGCCCCACAGCGAGAGGACUGCCUUCAUCAGAGACCAAAGUGCCCUUUGA